GUAUGACGUAAGUACCUCCGCUAUCACCUACUAGUAGACCCAAGUAUCGGCUAUCACUGAGAGGCUGGAUCAAUCAAGAAUAGGUUGGACUUGUCCAACCAAAGUGGAUUAGUGAGGACAACAUGACAUACAGAUUUCACUAGUGUUGUCACCUCAUCGCGCGUCAUGACGACUCUAGCUUCAUACAAGCUUUAGUCUCGAUCGAAGAGGCUAAGUGCGCUGGGCGUAUAUAGGGGGCAGCACAAGAUCACCAACGAUACUAGUCAUUCCUCCACCUACAGUCACAACUACGAUGGUUCUUAAAAUACAUGGCCACGCUGUCGCUCCCCUCGUCAGACUCGUCGCAGAAGUCUGCCGAGAGAAGGAAGUGCCGUACGAGCUUGUGAACGUGGAAGUCUACAAAGGGGAGCACAAAACACCUGCCUUCAGAGAGUUCCAACCUUUCGGACAGGUCCCCUACAUAGAUGACGACGGCUUCAUUCUCUAUGAAUCCAGAGCCAUUUGCAGAUACAUUGCAAAUAAGUAUGCAUCGCAAGGCACCCCAGAUCUCGUGCCCCGUGACCCUAAAGCGGAGGCCAUUUUUGAACAAGCAGUGUCAAUCGAGACGUCGAACUUCUACCCGUUUGCGUUGGGUAUUACCACGGAGAAGAUCAUCAAGAAGCAUCGUGGCUUCGAACCAAAUGAAGCUAGGCUAUCUGACCUGGUGAACAACCUGAAGGCAAAGCUGGAUGUAUACGAUGUUAUACUCGGAAAACAGGAGUAUCUUGCAGGAGGUAGCAUUACCUUGGCCGACUUAUUCCACCUUCCAUAUGGAACGAUCGUAUUCGAAGAAUUGGGGUACGAUCUGUUGGAAGAUAGACCGAAUGUGGCAAGGUGGUGGAAGGAUAUCACUGCGAGGCCUUCGUGGCUCGCAGUCAAAGCCAAAGCUUAAUCAGCUGUAAAAAGGAAUCGGCACUUAGUAUCAAAAGUCAUUUGUGUAAGAUGUAUAUAAGACUGUACAAGCGAUCUGAAUUGAACUGUCCGUUCUAACGCGGCGGGGCUGAACGCGGGA